UGCACUCAGGAUUAUUGUGAUCUUGCGGGCAAGAAAAAUGCUCCAGUGAACGAUCGUACGAACAAAUAAUCGACGCGUGUUCGGUGUCGCGCUUAGGAGAAUUCAGAAAGAACGUCAUAACGAUUAAGGAAUGCAACCUGCGAUCGAUGCAAACGGCAAUACCAGUGGAGUCCCGUGACUUAAAAACAAAGGCUACCCAGAACUUGUCGAGUGUGCAACGUUGCCGUUUAGCUGCUAUAGUCGACAAAAAUCGCGGACAAAGGGCAGAUCGGCUGCACGGACCGGUGUUUCGAUGACCGAGGUGACAAAUGUGUGAUAGAACGUGUAAUUUAAGUACAACGAUAGAAACGAAGAUGGACUCGAGAAAUGGACAGAUCGACGGGAAGGACAAGGGAUCGACGAAGAAGAAGAAAUCGAUAUUUUGGACUUACGUACUGUGGCUGUUCGGAGGCCUAGUUGGAGCACACCACGUGUACCUGGAACAGUACGCCCACGCAUUCGUGUACUUCAGCAGUUUUGGUGGAUACAUGGGUCUUGGAUGGCUACGUGAUAUCUAUAGGAUUCCCUCGUACGUGGCGGACGCGAACGAGGAUCCUCGUUUCCUCGAAGAUUUCAAACAAAAAGUCCGACAGAAUCGCAAGCCGCCGUUCGCUACGGCGCGAUUCGUUGCCGAAACGGCAGUCGCGUAUUUGUGGGCCGAAUUGUACCGCAGUGCCAUUCCGGAGGACGAAGUAUACGGCAUUAAUUUUCGAUAUUUGCUGAUUUUCACGCCGUUCGUCGUCGCUUUAGGUGUGUGGACGGUAGGGAAUAUCGGUAGAGAACAGGGAUCCAUAUGGGGCGCUCUCCUCACGGCGUAUUUGAUUUAUCCCACUCUGCCCUACAUCGGAGACGACACCAUGUGGGUAUUUCUAAUGGUCGCGUGUUCCAGCUUAAGUUUCGAUACGUUCAGUAAGCAAUGGAGACUGAAGCCAAGAAAGAGGAAAAGCUUCGUGCGAAGGGCAUUUUAUCUCAGCUUAGCCGUCACGUUGUAUCUGUCUUUAAUCGGCAGCUACCUGCUAUUCAACGCUGUUGUAACCGACAGUGAGGGCGAAGAGAUCAAACUAUCCGAAGCUAUUCAGCAUUUCUUGACAUCUCCUAUAUGGCUUGAUCUUAAGGCUAGCCUCGAGGCGAUGUGGAGCCAAACGAUGCAUCAAGGUUUCUGGGCGACGUGGGCGCAACUGGUGGAUCUGACCGAUCCUCGGGGUGAAAUAAAUGCUUACAAAGUUUUGGGUCUUUCUCAAACAGCUACGCAGACCGAUGUAACCUCUCGCUGGAGAGCUCUCUCGAGGGACAAUCAUCCCGAUAAGAUAAAGGGCACUGAAGAGGAAAAGCGACAGGCUCAGGAGAAAUUCAUGGAGAUUCAACAGGCGUACGAGAUUCUUUCCAAAGCGAAGUAUCGCAGACAACGCCGUAAUAGAAAGUCCGAGUGACCCGUAUCGCGUUCGAAUAAUUUUCCGACGGCAUUUACUCGACUAUAACAAUCUUAAGAUAUAUUUUUUAACCGAUCAACUAUACAGGGUGUUCGGCUACCCUUGGGAAAAAUUUUAAUGGGAGAUUCUACAAGCCAAAAUAAGACGAAAAUCAAGAAUACCGAAGAA